AUAUUGCAGAAACACAUACAUGAAGUAAAUACUGGGACAAUGGAAAGACCGCUUGAUUCUACCAGGGUGGAAAACACCACAUCUUCCUGCUUUCUCAUGGAAAGAAAGACUCAUGUCAAGAUUAACAGGAAAGAAGCCAUGCUAGCUAAGCUGAGGAAGAGCUGCUCCUGCACCCCAAAGAAGGUGAAGAACUUUAUCGUGGACUUCCUUCCUGUUUUACAAUGGCUUCCCAAGUAUCAGUGCAAAGAGUACAUCUGGGGGGACAUUAUGUCUGGGUUAGUGAUUGGAAUAAUUCUGGUGCCCCAAGCAAUUGCAUACUCACUGCUCGCAGGUCUGAAGCCCAUUUAUAGUCUUUACACAUCAUUCUUUGCCAACAUCAUCUAUUUCUUAAUGGGUACAUCCCGCCAUGUCUCAGUUGGCAUUUUCAGCUUGAUAAGCUUAAUGGUAGGACAAGUCGUGGACCGAGAACUUCUCUUGGCUGGGUUUGACUUGAAUGACGAUGCCCCAUCAGCCCUGGCUGACAGCACUCUGCAGAAUAACAGUGAAUCCAACAUAACUGCCUUCAACGUGACGAUUGCAGGGAUGAACGCUGAGUGUGGGAAAGAAUGCUACGCUAUUGCCAUUGCUACAGCCUUGACAUUUGUGGCUGGAAUGUAUCAGGUUCUCAUGGGAAUCUUUCGUCUGGGUUUCGUAUCUAUGUACCUAUCUGAGUCUGUACUAGAUGGCUUUGCAACUGGUGCUUCCUUAACCAUUUUAACAGCUCAAGUGAAGUAUCUGAUUGGAAUAAAAAUCCCACGUAGCCAGGGACAUGGAAUGCUUGUAAUUACGUGGAUUAACAUUUUCCGGAACAUUUCUCAGGCUAACCUUUGUGAUGUUAUCACAAGUGCCAUUUGUAUCACGGUGCUGGUCACUGCUAAGGAACUGGGAGAUCGUUAUAAGCACAAGCUGAAAUUUCCUCUUCCCACAGAGCUGGUAGUUAUUGUUGUUGCUACACUGGUGUCACACUAUGGGAAGUUAAAUGAAGUGUAUGCAUCCAGUGUUUCUGGAGCUAUUCCAACAGGUUUUAUUCCCCCCAAGGUACCGCAUUUCAGCUUAAUGCUCCGAGUGGCAGUAGAUGCUUUGCCUCUUGCCAUAGUCAGCUUUGUCUUCACCAUAUCCCUUUCUGAAAUGUGUGCAAAGAAAUAUGCUUACACUAUCCAAGCCAAUCAGGAAAUGUUUGCUGUGGGCUUCUGCAACAUCAUUCCUUCUUUCUUCCACUCUUUCGCAACCAGUGCAGCUCUGGCAAAAACACUCGUCAAAACAUCUACAGGCUGCCAGACUCAAGUCUCUGGAGUAAUUAGUGCGAUGGUGGUUUUGCUGGUGCUGCUCUUCUUGGCACCUCUCUUCUACUCCUUGCAGAAGUGUGUCUUGGCUUGUAUUAUCAUUGUCAGCCUCAGAGGAGCCCUGAGGAAGUUCCGAGAUGUGCCAGCACGGUACUAUGUGAAUAAGGUGGACACACUUGUUUGGGUUGUUACCAUGUCUGCCUCUGCCUUGAUCAGUACUGAAAUAGGGCUGUUGGUUGGCAUUGUUUUCUCCAUAUUAUGCAUCAUCGUUCAGACACAGCGGCCACGGACAGCCCUGCUUGGUCAGAUCCAAGACACCACCUUUUAUGAGGACGAUUUAGAAUAUGAAAAUCUCUAUUCUGUUCCAAAGGUCAAAAUAUUCCGUUUUGAGGCUCCACUUUACUAUGCAAAUAGAAACUACUUCCUGAAGUCUCUAUACAGACUGACUAAUUUAGAUCCUAAUCUAGAAGCUGCUAGAAGGAAGAAAUAUGAGAAAAAAGAAAAGAAACAUCUGAAAAAGGGAGAUCACACAACUGCUAAUGGACUGGGAAUCAGAGAAACCACUCUGCAACUAGUUCCUAAGCAAACUGAUUUCCAAGCCCUUAUUGUAGAUUGCUCUUCCAUCUCAUUUUUGGACACCACUGGAGUUAAUACUCUAAAGGAAAUUCUGAAAGACUACAAGGACUUAAACAUUUCUGUUCUCCUAGCUUGCUGCAAUCCCUCAGUGAUAGACUCUCUGACAAGAGGAAGUUACUUUGGAAAAGAUUUUGGAAGCAUGCAAGAAAUGCUGUUCUACAGCAUACAUCAUGCUGUACAGUUUGCGAAGGACCAAAAAGCUCCAGCAGACUGUCCAGUUUAA